UUUCCGAGGAAGGAAGACAGUGCGUUGUGUACAGUUCUUAUGAGAGGGACACAAGAUUAUUGGACGUCUUCCAGUGGCAUUUCUCGACAAUGAUGGGGAGAGUUUCGCCGGGCAGUUGCUGACGCCCGCGCGAGCUGCACCCAUCUUCCCUUUGAGGAUUUACCUCAGCAGCCCCAAGAAACAAAGCAUCGCAUAGCUUUUUCUUUCUCUUCGUCGAUAUGAAACUGCCAAGAGUUUUUGCGUGUGCAUCCGAUCUGUCCGCUGCACUCGGGUCUUCUUUUCCCCCUUCUUCGCGGCUCAGUUCCGGGAAUCCCACCGAACAUGAGAACGAAAAGAACAGACUGUAGCAUAGCGAAGAGCAGGCAUGCGGAUUUUCCCGUCAAGAAUCAUCUAGACGCAUCAUCGCUUUUAGACAGCCUACGCUUCCUUCGUUCAACUACUACUGCUGCGUGAACUCUGCGUUUGAGAACUCUUGGUGUACACGAGAACCGUCAGUUUCCUGUAAGCGUGUGCUUGUGACCUUCCCUCUCUUUGGGGAUUCUCUUCCUCCCGCUGUCCUUGAGGAAAACAUUUUCUCUUCUUCAUUUCAUUACCUGCUCUGAACACCUCGUCGCGUCUCAGGCGUUGAUGGCUGCGGCGCUCCGGUUUCUCGUUUCCUGCGGCCGUAUCCUGCCCAAAAUCUGGAAGCAAUUCGACACAUGCAGUCCUCUCGCCACUGCCGGUUCGUGGCAGCUUCUCUCUUUGUUUCUCUUGACGUCCUUUCCCUCUGUUCCCCCCUGGCAGAAUGCGGAGGGACGAGAAGGUCUUUGGUCCCUGCCUGCCCGCUGAGAGCGAGGUGAGGGCGACAGACUCGGCCGCGUCCGCUCCUCCGCAGCCGACGCUGAGCUAUCCGGAGGGGUCUCCGAGCGAGGUGUGGGACGCGCUGCGUCUCCACUUGAGUCUUCUUUUCCAGCAAGCUGCCUUCGAUUUGAAUUUGCCCAUGCACGCAGCCACGGCUGCGGUGUCCGCGUUUCGCCGGGUCUUCCCCAAGUACUUUUCCCGGGAGGAGCUAGAGAACCGCCCCCAGUGCGUCACGCGCAGCAUGGCUGCGUGCCUGUUUUUCGCCGGGAAGGCGAGCGACACAAAUCUCAAGUUGCGCGAGGCUGUGAACUGCGUCGCCUUCCUCAACUGGUCUCUGAAGAACAACCGCCUCGACGGGAGAAACGUGACGAGCAGAGACGCGGAUGAGACCAAGAAGCGGCCGAGGAACGCGACAGAAGGAGCGGACGACCCCACAGAUAAAAACGAAGAGCCGCCCGAGAGGCGACAAAGAACCUCCACAGAGACGAAACCUUCCGCCGAAGCUGCCAGUGAAGAGAAAAAGGAGGCGGGCGAGAAACAGGCCAGUGGCGCCGAAGACGAGAGCGGAACGAAGCCGGAGGAAGAGAAGAAAGAAAAACAACAAGCUCCCCUGAGUCGUUUGCGGGGGCCGCAGACGCUCCCCAACUUCUUGAAGGGGUAUGCACCCAUGGGAAUUCGUGACUACUGGAAAGUUCGCCAGGAGUGCCUGCUCGAAGAACAGCGGCUUUGCCAAGCGCUGGGAUUCUCUCUCGAGCUGCCUCUGCUCCACGAUGCGGUGCUGGAGGCACAGCUACUCCUCCUUUUUUCACACAAAGAGACGCACCUGAUGUGGGCGAUUGUGAAUGACAUCGCGGCCACACCUCUGAUUGACCAGUUCUCGGUUCCUCUCUUGAUUGCCGCGGCGGCCAUUUGCACAAAGAAACUUGCUCGCAUGUUCGGGGACGCCCAGGAGGUGCUGGAAAGGACUGCGAGCGGGACGCCGCCGCUCUUACCGGGUGUAGUGACACCCGAGAGGUGCUUCAGCGGUUGAAUCCCCUCUUGGAGGGC